UCCCUCAACAAUGGCUGACGAUAGAGAAAGACUCUGCAAAACCCUAAAUCGAGUUCAGUUCCUCACUCUUCGUCUCUGAUGGCAACAUCCAUGCUGAAAGCUCCACUCAAUGUGUUCCACAGACACCACAGUCACCUCGCUUUCUUCUCCAAUGGCGCCAGUGCGAAGAACACUGUCCCUAUCUCGCAGAAGAGGAGAUCGCGUUUGUUUCCCGUAGUAUCAAUGGCAGCCACACCGGUUCAAAAUUUUCUCCAGAAAUCCACGCCUUCGAACCAUCACACUGGUGUUCCAAUAAUGGUUAAUGCGUGUACUGGGAAAAUGGGAAAGGCUGUGAUUAAUGCGGCGGAAGCUGCUGGAGUGCAUGUUGUUCCUGUGUCAUUUGGGUGUGAAGAGGAGUCUGGAAAGACUCUUCAGAUCGGUGAAAAGGAGUUUCUUGUGCAUGGUCCUUCUGACAGGGAGAGUGUUCUUGCAUCUGUCCUUGAUAAAUAUCCAAAUUUGAUUGUUGUGGACUACACAGUACCUUCUGCAGUCAAUGGCAAUGCAGAGUUAUACAGUAAGGUUGGGGUGCCCUUCGUGAUGGGGACCACAGGAGGAGAUAGGGACUUGUUGCAUAAAACUGUUGAAGACUCGAAGAUUUAUGCUGUGAUAUCACCACAAAUGGGAAAGCAGGUUGUUGCUUUUCUUGCAGCUAUGGAAAUCAUGGCAGAACAAUUUCCUGGAGCCUUCUCUGGUUAUUCUUUACAGGUAUUGGAGUCCCAUCAAGCAAGCAAAGUUGAUGCAUCUGGAACUGCAAAGGCUGUAAUUUCUUGCUUCAACAAACUGGGAGUGUCUUUCGAUAUGGAUCAGAUAAAAUUGAUCAGGGAUCCCAGGCAACAACUUGAAAUGGUUGGAGUCCCAGAGGAGCAUUUGUCUGGUCAUGCAUUUCAUAUGUAUCAUUUGACAUCCCCAGAUGACACAGUUACAUUUGAAUUUCAACAUAAUGUUUGUGGUAGAUCAAUAUAUGCGGAGGGCACUGUUGAUGCUGUAUUAUUUCUUGCUAAGAAGAUUGAAGAAAAGGACCACAAGAGAGUGUAUAAUAUGAUUGAUGUCUUGCGAGAGGGUAAUAUGCGAUGAAAUUUUCUUUGCAAUCUGGAUGCAGUUUUUGAGAACCAAGUAAUUUUCAUCUUCUGUCCUUUCUCUGUUAAGUUGAGGAAAGUGUAGUGUAUGUAUUAUGAUGAAUUGACUAGUUAUGUAAGCACUGUUUUUGGGGAUCAAUUUUGACAUUUUUAUUUAGUUUAAUGAAACCUGUGUUAUCACCUCA